AACAAGUGCACCAUGUCGACCACGACAACUGUUCGUGUCCGAACACUGACCAGCCAGGUCGGCACAUCGACCUCUUCGCAAACUCAGUCAAAAUCUUCUACGCACUCUAUCCAUGUCACCGCAUCUCGGCCUCCUAUCACAUUCAAAAACUUCGUAUCCGAGAUUCGCUGGUUCAAUCUUGGCGUAGUUACGAUUACACCUCUUCUCUCCAUCUAUGGCUUGUAUACUACCGAAUUCCGCGCACCAACCGUUGCGUUUUGUGUGUUUAUGUACGUCUUGAACAUGAUAGGAAUCACUGCCGGCUAUCACCGACUGUGGUCACACCGAUCAUACAAGGCUUCCCUUCCUCUUCAAUAUUUUCUAGCGCUCGCGGGCGCGAGCUCUGUACAAGGAUCCAUUAGAUGGUGGGCUCGUGGCCAUAGGUCUCAUCAUCGGUACACAGACACCGAUCUAGACCCGUACAGUGCUCGAAAGGGACUUUUAUGGUCUCAUAUUGGAUGGAUGCUCAUUAAGCCCCGGAUAACUCCCGGAAAAGCUGAUGUUCGCGAUUUAUCGCAGAAUAAAGUUAUAAUGUGGCAGCGCAAGCAUUACUUCCUCAUUGCCCUCGUUACUGGCGUCCUAAUCCCCUGGUUCAUUCCGGGAUACUUUUGGGGUGAUUGGCGCGGAGGUUAUUUCUAUGCAGGUUUCCUUCGCAUCACAAUAGCACACCAUUCUACUUUUUGUGUCAAUUCAAUCGCUCAUUGGCUGGGGGAGACAUCUUAUGACGACAAGCAUACUCCAAGAGAUCAUAUCAUAACGGCCAUACUUACUUUGGGUGAAGGAUACCACAACUUCCAUCAUCAGUUUCCCAUGGACUACCGUAAUGCCGUUCAAUGGUAUCAAUUCGACCCAACAAAAUGGUUUAUUGCGCUAUGUGAGCGGUUCGGGCUGGCAACACACUUGCAAAGAUUCCCCGAGAACGAGAUUCGCAAAGGUCAAUUGGCAAUGACUUUGAAGAAACUCAAAGACGAACAGGACUUGAUCGUUUGGCCGACCAAAUCCGACGACCUGCCAGUAAUCAGCUGGGAAACAUUCAAGGAAGAGUCGCGAACGCGGCCUCUCGUCCUCGUGGCCGGAUUCAUCCAUGAUGUUUCAGGAUUCAUCGACCGGCAUCCAGGUGGACGUGAGCUCCUCGAAAAGGCUCUAGGAACCGAUGCCACGCCAUCCUUCUUCGGAGGAGUGUAUGAACACUCUCAUGCUGCUCACAACCUUCUUUCAACUAUGCGUGUGGGAGUGUUGCAUGGUGGUCUUGAACAGGUUGACCAGAAGUCGAUUGCACCCGGAGAGAAACUGUAUAUCGCCGAAUCAAAGGUGCCGACACGCUAAACGCCACUUGUGUUCACGAUAGGCAGUUUGGAUUUGCUGUUGCCCUGGCAGUCCUUGAGGAUUCUUCAUGGGGCAACGACCUGUAGACUUCUCUCAUUCUCCUCUCUAUUCUGCUCUUCUACUCUACCCGCCUUCCUCUUGUACUUAGUGUAUUC